AUGCGCCUUCCAUAUGUUCAAGACCCUCCACCAACUAGCUCACCCGAUGAAGCCCGGAUUCUGGCGGAUAUCCAAGCUCGACGAGAGCCAAAUCCCCUUCUUCCUCUCGACUUGGCCCUCCUGCAUUCUUUCCCUAUAGCAGAAGGAUGGAAUUCAUUCUUCGGUGCGAUCAGGGCCCAAACGACCCUCUCGGCUAUACAUCGGGAGCUAGCUAUCUGCCGUGUUGCGGUAGUGAAUGGUGCAUUGUUCGAAUGGGAACAACAUGCUCCCUUGCUGCAGAAGAGCGGAAUGAAUGAUGAUAUUUUGGAGAUUAUUAAAGAUCCCGAGGCAGAUUUCGCAGACAAUUGUUUCUCCUCAGCUCUGAGUCCCGAGGAAAGGAUUGUGCUGAGGUAUACGGACGCCAUGACAAAGACUAUCAAAGUCCCUGAUGAGGUGUUCGCAGACCUGAAGACCUUUUUCAACCCGCAGCAGGUUCUCGAGAUCACGACAACAAUUGCGGGCUAUAAUUGCGUCAGCCGAAUCCUGGUAGCUUUGGAUAUUGGAGAAAAAAACCAUGGGGCGGAAAGGUGGCUCAAAGAAAGGAACCACUGUCUUUGA